CGGAACUACACUUCCCGUGGUGCCCCGAGGCGUGCGCGGCGGCCCCGUGGCGAGCUCGCGUGUGUCCGCCAUGCCGAAGGCCAAGGGGAAGAGCCGGCGGCACAAAUACUCCUACAACCUCAACCGCAAGCGGCUGUACCGCAGCGCCCGCCGCCGCGCCGCGCCCCGCAUCGCCUGCUCGCACAUCCGCCAUGCCUGGGACCCGCACAAGUCGGUGGCGCAGAACCUGGCCGAGAUGGGCCUGGCCGAGGAUCCCAACAAGGCUGUCCCCAUCCCGAAGAAGCUGCUGGGGGUAGAAGUGGAAAGCGAUGGACAACAGCCAGGAAAGAAAAUAGUGCGGAAACCGUACGUGGUGAACGAGAUGGAAUUGGAGGCCAGCCUCCCUGAGAAGAAGUCAAACACGCUCUCACGGGACCUCAUUGACUAUGUGCGAUACAUGAUCCAGAACCACGGGGAGAACUACAAGGAAAUGGCUCGGGAUGAGAAGAACUACUACCAGGAUACUCCCAAGCAGAUUAAGAGAAAGAUCAAUGUUUACAAGAAUUUCUAUCCCGAGGAGUACAAGAAUUUCAUUGCAUCACUCAAGCCAGAAAAAAUGGAAGUGCAGUGACUGCUCUUUUUCCUCAGGUUAACGUACAAGUGCAGGCUUGACAUGAAUAUUUUCCAAACUGAAAAAGCCUCUGGUGUGAUGGAGGAAGGACCCUCACUAGGCAGAGAUGGCUGUUACUAUCCAUGAAAGACUUUUGGCACUGACUGUGCUGUUCUGCUCACUUUCUGUGUGGCAGCCAGCAUUUCUUUAGCUUUACUAAAAUAAAAUAUUCUUUCUAGCUGCUUGUGAA